AUGCGGGCUGUGCUGCGCCCGAGCGCUGUCAGUGGGUUGACGUCAACGUUUGUUGAGGGAAAGGGGAUGGAGGUAUUGUCAGUCAGGGCAAGGGACUUUUCACUGUCGGCCUUAUCAAAAGGGAACAGCACCGAGGAGAUAUUGCACUUUCUGGCAAAGCGAGGGGUGCACAUGACACCAGACUGUUGGCAGAAAGUGGCAUGCUGGUCAGCCCGCAGCAUUGAAUGCGAGCUCGAACCCGCAUUGUUUUGGUGGCUAGAUGUGUUGGGCUUGAGCCAGGCCCAGCUUGCAAAGGUCGUGGCUGGCUUUCCGCAGAUUUUAGGUUACAGCAUCGAGCAGAACUUGAAGCCCACUGCAGCUUGGAUUUUGGACUUGGGCUUAAGCCAGACCCAGCUUGCAAAGGUCGUGGCUGGCUGUCCGCAGAUUUUAGGUUACAGCAUCGAGCAGAACUUGAAGCCCACUGCAGCGUGGGUUUUGGGCUUGGGCUUGAGCCAGGCCCAGCUUGCAAAGGUCGUGGCUGGGUGUCCGCAGAUUUUAGGUUACAGCAUCGAGCAGAACUUGAAGCCCACUGCAGCUUGGUUUUUGGGCUUGGGCUUAAGCCAGACCCAGCUUGCAAAGGUCGUGGCUGCCAGGCCCAGCUUGCAAAGGUCGUGGCUGGCUUUCCGCAGAUUUUAG